AUGAUCAUUUGUUCUUGGAUUAUCAGAGGGCUUAAUAUGCUCUUCAAACUAAAAGAACUUAAAGCUUUUCUGCUAAAGAAUAAAGUGAGCCUGUUGGCUUGUUUAGAGACUAGAGUAAAGAUUAAUAGUGCAAAUAAAAUUCAACAGAAGAUGGGUGCUGAGUGGAAUUUUGCUUCUAACUACACGUAUGCUCCUAAUGGGAGAAUGUGGGUGGGGUGGAAACCAACUCUUGUUGUUGUGGUUGUCCUUACAGCUAGUAGUCAAAUGAUGCACUGUCAGGUGGUGGAUAGAGGUUCAAACUUCUCUUGUGUCAUCUCCUUUGUGUAUGGGCUGAAUACUAUUGCUGAGAGGAAAAGAUUAUGGGACAAAUUGAGAUCCACCCAUCAAAACAUUGCAGGACCUUGGCUCAUAAUGGGUGACUUUAAUACUUUAUUAUCAGCUGAAGAUAGGCUUCAUGGGGCACUAGUAUAUAUUUCCGAGACUACAGACUUCCAGGAAUGCAUAGAUGAUUUGGGGUUGGGCCAUAUUACAAGGAGAGGCAGUCAGUACUCUUGGUGUAAUAAAAGGGAUGCCACUGAUCAGACUGUUGACAGUUCUAUUGGAACAGGAGAUUACAAGCAGAUUGUUACAAAUACAUGGGAACAAAAUAUCACAGGAUGCUACAUGUUUGCUAUUUGGAGGAAGCUGAAAUUGCUUGAGCAAAAUACAAGGCAUAUAUCCAGGAAAUUUUCUAGUCUGGAAGGCAAAUUAUCCCAUUUAAAAGCUCAGCUGAAGGAUGUUCAUGAUAACCUAAACCUGGAUCUGUUUAAUGAAUACUUGAUUACUACUGAGAAGGACAUCAUAUACCAGAUACAGAAGUGGGAUGCUAUAAAUGAAAGGGUGCUAAGACAAAGAUCCAAGGCUGUCUGGAUAGCAACUGGUGACUCAAAUAUGAAGUUUUUUCAUCACUUGCUGGGGGAUUCUAAUUCAGAAAUGCCAUGUCUUGAUGUGACUAUAGCCAGAGAUGGUCCGUGCCUUAGUCUAGAGAAACAACAAGAACUACUGGCCCCUGUUACAAAACAGGAAGUAGUACAAGCUUUAGAGAGCAUGCUAAAUGAUAAGCCACCAGGCAUAGAUGGAUACCCUGUGGAGUUCUUCAAAGAAUUUUGGCCUAUCCUUGGGGAGGAUGUGAUUGCUGCUACUCUCCAAUUUUUCCAGAAUGGCAAAUUGUUGAAGGAGAUUAACAAUACUACUGUUACUCUGAACAAGUUAUUAAAUCUUGAUCUUGUUACAAAAUUCGCUCAGUUUCUAACUGAGCACUCCAGGUAUUCCUUACUCUUCAAUGGGGGUCUAGCACCUGGAUUUCAAGCUAAGAGAGGCCUAAGGCAAGGAGAUCCCAUGUCUCCUUACCUUUUUGUCCUCUCUAUGGAAUAUUUACACAAAUCCCUAAAGCAACUCAAGAAGGAACCAGGAUUCAAAUACCAUCUAAGAUGUGCCAAAAUGCAAUUGGUGCACAUAUGCUUUGCAGAUGAUCUGUGA